GAAUGUUUCUCUAAGUGAUUGGCCUCGAGAAUCUGAAAUUCUUGAAAAAAUAGUCACUAGAUCGUCUGCUGUAAUGUUGUCGUUUUACACACGUGUUCUUACAAAACAGAUCUUUUAGACAGUUUUAAAGGUUACACGUCAUAAGUUCUACCAUCAGACCAAGCCACAUCCACGAGAGUACCCGAAAUUAUCAAGUUAAGAUGUAAGCCUUUGUAGGAAGUCACUGAGUUCCUCCAGCUCUGAUCACCACCUAACCAUAGAAUAUUUCCUGAGUUCACCCAGCUGAUCACCUCCUAACCAUAGAAUGUUUCCUGAGUUCACCCAGCUCUGAUGGGUAUCACUCUCACGAAAGAGACUGUUGUGGAUAAAACAGAUCGCACUUUACCUUCAUCUGCCUUUGUAAACAAAAGAUUAACAGUACUUCAUCAGCCGUAUGAAACAUCAGGUGUACACUAAGGUAAUGCUGAACGGAUUUUAACUCUAAGACAUCAACAAACUUAAAAAUGGCUUGUUCAGAUACGACGAACACCGCAUCAUGUGACUUCACCAUCGUGGUUGACGGCACUGAAUUUAAAAGCCACCGGGAAAUCCUGAGUUCAACUUCCGCAUACUUCGACGCCUUGUUUAGAAGCAACAUGAGGGAGACACAAGAAGGGAGGGUGGAGCUACAGGGUAUGACAAGUGAGACUUUCGCUGUUGUUUUAAAUUUCAUCCACCAGCGUGUCCAUGGUCUGACGGCUGAUAACAUUGAUGACCUCUGGGAGGCGGCAAAUCGUCUGGAUAUAGCAAUAUAUCUUAAAGAAAUAGAACAAUUUAUAAUUAAUAAUUUAUCAAUUGAUAAUCUAUGGCACUUUUAUUUAAAAUCUGUCGAUUUCAAUUCCAAAAGAGUUAAAGAAGGUUCGGUAAGGUUCAUGAAGAACAAUUACGAGGAUGUCUUCAGAAUGAAAACAUUUUUGAAUUUGCCGUUUCCUUUAGUUCUAUCAUUUAUCGAAAGUGAGGAGCUGAAUGUAAAAACAGAGGACUCAGUUCUGGAGUCAAUUUUAAUCUGGGUUUCUCAAGGGAAAUACACACCAGGUGCUUGUAUGACACCAGACUGUAGCGAUACGGGAGCCACGUGUAAGGAUGUUGAACUCCAAAACCUUGAAGGUCACUCUCGUAACGUCACAACUUCUUUUCAGUCGGGUGAUGUCAUAAAGGUUGGUCAGAUUUGUGACUCAGGAAUUUUUGCUGAGGCUAGCGAAACUGACAAGCCUGGCAUUAAGUUCAGAAAACAUGGCCAGCACGAUGACGUCAAGAAUGAGGCUCACACUCGUGACGUCACAAAAAGUAGCCUGACAAGCGACCGGGGAAUAUAUAUCUCCAAACUUAUGUCUAGUGCCAAACUUACUUUAGCCACAGAAAGUUACCUAAGGAGUUUACUCAAACACUCCUAUAUAAUCCAAUGCCCAGAUGCCUAUCGAGGAAUACAAGAAGCCCUGAAAUACAAGUGUGGGGUGUAUCCUUUAGAGAGCGCCACAUUGACACCUCUUCGAACUAACAGCGGAAAGAGAAAUGCCUUGGCGUUUGUUGGAUUGGAUUUCGGUCUGCACCUCUACGAUUUGGAGAGCAAAACUUUCAGUAAAAUUAAGCUCGAGAACUUCAAGGGACUAUACAGAAGGAUUUUUACCGUGGUAUCCCUGGGGUCGACACUUUGCUUCGUAUGUGAAAAGUACUUAAGAAAUUGUCCUUUCGCCAAUCAUAAAUGCCGCAUUUCAACUGUCCUUUUGUUAGAAGAAAAUAAAAAGUUAGUAAAAUUGUAUGAAAUGUGCGGUAAACAGGGUUUGCUCUUAUCUUUAUUUUUUGUAAAGAACAAAAUUUUUUACGUCGAAACAAAUGAUCGCUAUGAUGCAACCAGAAUUCACAUAUUUGAUCCCGACUUAUUCAAGACAGUCAUAUUGAACACCGAUAUCAAUAUUUUCUCAGCAUUUGUUUUAGAAAACAAUAUUUUGUGGAUUGAUUUAAAAAACCAUUUCAUUAACCAACCUAACGAUUUACCAGUCAACACUUACAACGUUGAAACUAAAACUCAAACAAAAACUCACAUACCGUUUUUGGGGAGACGACGUUUUAUGUCUGUGGCCAUACACAAAAACAAAGAAACGUUUCUUUUAUUCUCAAGCGGAGAUUUAGUAUCGGUCAAGAGAGGUUCUGACAACGCAGUCAAAUUCAUACCGGUGGUUCAACUUUGGAAUACUUUUGAAUUGUUUCUAAACGGAGCUGUGUGCUAUAAAAACGAGCUGACUUUGUUUUGUAUAACAAGCCAUGUGUCAAAUGGGACAAUUUUGUCGUCAGUGCCAGGACUAUUUGACAAGAUCAAUGUCGUCGAUUUUACGGACGUGAUGUGGACAUCAAAUAUGGUUCCUGUGAUAGCUCCCUUGUCUUGGUUUGAGUGAGGUUUUGGCAGUGCUUUUAUUGUCACAUCCUCUGCUAUCACCAUUCUUUUAAACAAAAGUCGUCAGCCAAUGAAAACCAUCGUAGAUAUUCAAACAUAAUAAGUAAAAAAAAAUUAAGAUUAAUGACAUUUAACGAACUCCAUCACACAGAUGACCAGCUGUUUCUAUUUUAAUUUUUUUACGUGAAUUUACAUCACAAUUUUCACAUUAUCCUGUGUAUUUUAUUAUAAUUACCAUAUUUACGCUGUCAUUACGUCUGAUUAAGUCUAAAUUUGUAUUGAUUUUAUAACAUAUUACCUUACAAUGAGCUUUUUAAAUUUCAAAUUAAUUUUUAAUGUGACAAAAUUGCAUGUAUUGCCUUUUCUUGUUGAUUUCUAUACUGCGUUUACCACUAUAC